UUUAAAUAGAUUAAAGCAUAUUCAUUUACAGGUGAUAAUAAGUAUAAUCAUGUUCUUAAAGUAUAUGGAAUAUCUCAAGAUCCCAAUACAAAAAAUUAUAUUAUAGUUCUUCAAUAUGCAAAAUGUGGAAGUUUUAAUAAUUGGAUGCACUAUUUCUAUAAAAAUUCUGAUUGUUGGGUUAAAUAUUAUUUAUUGAAAUAUACCAUUGAAGGUCUUAAAGAAAUUCAUCAGAAGCAGAUGGUUCAUCGUGAUUUUCAUAUAGGGAAUAUAUUAGUUAACAAUAAUAAUACUUAUGGAAAAAUUCCUAUAGGCAUACAUAUUUCAGAUAUGGGAUUAUGUGGAGAAGUUAGUAAUAAAGAUGAAACAAAAAUUUAUGGGGUUAUGCCUUAUGUAGCUCCUGAAGUAUUAAGAGGCAAGCCUUAUACUCAAGCAGCAGAUAUAUAUAGUUUUGGUAUGGUUAUGUAUUAUAUAAUAACUGGAAGACAACCUUUUGAUGAUUGUGCACAUGAUGAAAAAUUAGCAUUACAAAUAUGUAGUGGAAUUAAACCUGAAAUACCUGAAAUACCUGAAUUGAAAUCAAAUUGGUAUAUUGAUCUAAUGAAAAAGUGUUGGGAUUCAAAUCCAGAUAAUAGACCAAAUAUUGAAUCAAUUAGCACUAUUUUUGAUAAGUUUGGUUCGCCAAGUGAAAUUGAAAAAGCAGAAAAAUAUCUAUUUAGAGAAUAUAAGGAAAACAGUCAAUUAACUAUUACUCAUCCACAAGCUAUUUAUACAUCUCGGUUACUUAAUCCUUAUACAGAAGGACUUGCAAUUGAUUUUACAGAUUAGAUGAUGAAAAAUGAUCGGAAUUAAUUUUACUACAAAAAUUAUCAACUUAUUUUACUUAUUUUCUGCUUAUUAUAACUUAUAUAUUUUAUUUAUCUUUAUAAAUAUUUUUAUAAAAUGUUAAAUAUGAAAUUUAAUUAUAUUUGUUCAACACUGAUAUAGAGUAUGUGUAAAACUUUUUU